CAACAUUAUUUUUGUUAAAACAUGCAACCUUGACUCAUGCAUUUCCAUAUAAAAUUAUAAUGAAUAAAAAUACCGACUUCGUUGGAAAACACAGUUUGAAACAACUGCGUCGCUCUGUGUUACAACUUGAGCUUUUUAUUAGAUUCGCGAUCUUACAGCCUGGCUUCAGUAUCGUUUAUUAUUUCGAACUAUUAGAAUAUAACAGCAAAACAUAUUUUGAGUUUGGAGUAGUUAUUUUUAAAUUUGAAUAUUUUACCGUGGUUUUGUUUUCGUUUGCCGAUUUCGAAUAAAACUUCCUUUGUUUAAUUUUAAAGCAAAAUGAGUGUUUCUUAUUCACCUCUGAAUCAAGGACAAGGCAAUGACCGAAGAAACGAGCCAAACAAUGUUCAUUCUUCGAGUUCAGCUCCUAUGGCGAGGGCCGAAAUAGACGGUAUGGAUGACGAGUCCAAAACUGUUUCAGACAAUAACGUUCCACAUUUGGUAGUCACAGAUCCACAUUUGGUAGUCACAGAACCCGAGGCCCAUGAAGAAAAAUAUAAUGAUGUUGGAGAUGAAUUUGAUGGAAAUGGAGAACGUAUUAAUCACGGAGAUCUUAGGCCAAAUACACCACAGUCAUCUAUUGGAAGGGUGCCGCCGCAUUUAGGGUUACAUUUUGAUAAUGAAUUAGGAAGUAUAGCGGGCGAAACCAUUCCUGAUAUAAACGUUUACCAACAUAAGAAGACUUUGGCACAGGGGAUGAUGGAUUUGGCUUUAUUUUCUGCAAAUGCUAACCAAUUGAGAUACGUUUUGGAUAGUUAUACGAGGCAUCCCUAUUAUUGGCCCAGCGUUAUUUGUAUAUGUCUAAGUUUAGGAUUUCAAGUGGCAAUCGGCAUUGGUUUAAUCUGGAACGCUUUGUACAAUGUCAGAGAUGCGAAAGAAAUAUGCAUUGCGAAUAAAAUUAAUAACUGGUGCGUUAUUGGAAUCUUCUUGGUAGUGGUGAUAAACGUUUUUGUAUCAUCGUUUGGAGUCGCAGAUCCCCCAACACUUCCUACAGCACCAGUACUGGCAGUGCCAAGUGGAUAACUGUCUUAUAAAGCUACAAUGUAUUUCGGACAAGAUUAAAUUUUCAAUAAAAAUGUUUCCAAAGUAGGCCAUGAUUGACAGAAAUACGAGUCAUGUCCGUGAUAAUAAAUAAAAUCCAAACUGAAAAAAUGUAAUGCUUUUACAUAGAUGAAUUUUUCGAAGAACUAAUUUAUGAAUCCUUUUUUUUUGUGGAUCACACAGUACCUAUUCAUAGUGGUAAUGUAAUUAUACACAGUAACAAAUAACGUCACUAAUGAUAAAAACAAUAAUAUUAAAAAGGAAGUUUAUUACAACAAACGUUAAACAAAAUAAAUAAAAUAUUUUUUCUGUGACAG